UGCUUGCCGCGCAGUUUUGAAAUCUCACUGCCAGCCGGUUCCGUGUUUGUUUCUGCUGCGAAAGUAUGGCUGAGCCGUUGGGCACUGAUAAUCCUGAGCGGGAUGAACAGUACCGGAGAUUUGUCUCCCAAGCAAAGCAGGAAGCAAAAAAUGGCAACCUGCAGGAAUCUCUCUGCCUUCUGAGGAAGGCGCAUCAAAUCUAUCCCUGUGAAAAGCUGACAAGAAAAAUGAAAAAAGGUUGAGGAGCAUUAGCUUCACUAGCCCUGGAUCAGGAAGAUGAUGUCUUUGUGGACGUUUGUCAGAGUGGACUAAUGUUGUUUGGAGAAAUACAUGACAAGCUAUUUGACCACCAGAGAGAAGGGGUUGCCUUCUUAUACAGUUUAUACCGCGAUGGAAGGAAAGGUGGUAUCCUUGCAGAUGACAUGGGCUUGGGGAAAACCAUUCAGAUCAUCGCUUUCCUCUCUGGCAUGUUUGAUGAAGAACUCAUUCGGACUGUGCUGUUAAUUAUGCCGCCUAGCCUUUUGAGCAACUGGCUUAAAGAGUUUGCCAAGUGGACUCCUGGGCUGCGCGUGAGUGUCUUUCAUGGACCCAACAAGUAUGAAUGUGAGAGAAAUCUAAAGAGGAUCCAGAAGAGGAGUGGUAUCUUGCUCACGACUUAUCAGCUGGUCCUCAGCAGUUGGCAGCAGUUAUCGAGCUUUGAUGGGAAGGAGUUCAUCUGGGACUACGUCAUCCUUGAUGAAGCUCAUAAAAUUAAAACACCAUCUGCCAAAACGACAAAAUCUGUGCAUGCUAUCCCUGCUCAAAACCGCAUCCUGCUCACAGGAACUCCAGUCCAAAACAACCUAAAAGAACUCUGGGCUCUUUUUGACUUUGCUUGUCAGGGAUCGCUUCUAGGCACAAUGAAAACCUUUGGGAUGGAAUACGAAAAACCUAUCAUAAGAGCCAGGACAAAGAAUGCAACCCAGGAAGAGAAAGCACUGGGACUUAAGAUCUCUGAAAACCUGAUGUCCAUAAUCAAGCCGUAUUUCCUAAGACGGAGUAAAGAUGAACUACAGAACAAAGCUAAGCCUGAACUCAAAAUCAGUCUCCCAGAAUAUCAGGGCAAGACUGUUGCUUCUGAAAUGCCUUCUCUGCCCAGAAAAAACGACUUCAUUGUGUGGGUAUACUUAUCACCCAUACAAAAAGAAAUAUAUAGGGACUUUCUGUCUUUGGAUCACAUCCGAAAGUUGUUAAUGACCACAAGGUCCCCACUUGUUGAACUGAAUGUCUUGAAGAAACUCUGUGAUCACCCCAGGCUGUUGUCAGCACAAGCAUGUAGCAAACUUGGUCUGGAAGCUCCCAAUUAUAAUAUGGUGGAUGGUGAUGAAAAUGAUGAGCCUUCCAGCAUGAAGAGAAACCUUAGGGACAUUUUGGAUGAGACUCUGAUGGCGGAAUCAGGAAAGCUGUGCUUCCUCAUGGCCCUGCUGGAAAGAUUGCAGGAGGAGGGGCACAGAACACUGGUGUUUUCUCAUUCAAGAAAAAUGCUGGAUAUUAUAGAGCGCAUCUUAACUCACAGGUGCUUUAAGCUAAUGCGCAUUGAUGGAACAGUAAGCCAGUUGGAGGAGCGAAAAAGGAGAAUUAGUGUCUUUCAGAAGAGCAAAGAAUACUCUGUGUUUCUGCUUACUACCCAAGUUGGUGGGGUUGGUCUAACCUUAACAGCAGCUACCAGGGUGGUGAUUUUUGAUCCUAGCUGGAACCCAGCUACAGAUGCUCAAGCCGUAGACAGGGUUUACAGGAUAGGGCAGAAGGACAAUGUUGUAAUCUACCGGCUAAUUAGCUGUGGGACAGUGGAGGAGAAAAUCUACAGAAGGCAAGUAUUCAAAGACUCAUUAAUCCGACAAAGCAUGGGAGAUAGGAAAGACCCAUACAGAUAUUUCACUAUGCAAGAACUAAGGGAGUUGUUCACAUUGGGAGAUACUCAAAGCUCAGUAACACAGCUCCAGCUUCAGUCUUUGCAUGCAAGCCAAAGAAAAACAGAUAAGCAGCUGGACAAGCACAUUGCGUAUCUCCAUUCACUGGAUAUAUUUGGCAUAUCAGACCAUGACUUAAUGUACACACAUGAAGCGGUUCAUGGAGAUGAAGUUGAGGAUGAAGAAGUCCUCAUGGACAUUGAACACAGGGUACAGAAAGCCCAAGAGCUGGUACAGCUGGAAUCCCAGCUAAAGGACCAACUGAUGGGAAACCUCCGAAACACGACUGAAGGGGCAUGGCUGAGAGAAAUGGAAUUGUCCACCCAGCCAAAUAAAAAGCCAUCAAAGCCUUCUCCGAAUUAUGCUCUCGUCCCACCUGUAACUGAUGAACCCACAAGCAGUGAGAAUUUCAGUCUUGUAGGUGGCAGUGAUGAUGACAUUGUCAAUGUAAGUUCUAAGAUGACAGAGCUACUUAUUGAGGAGGAUGAACGAGUGCUUCAGAACCUAACUAAUAUGGAUAUCUCUGCAUCCAUGAACGAAAAAUGCAAACCAGCCAGUCCACAAGAAGUAACUCCUAUAUCUUCUUUUACUCAAGAUCAUUCAUUAUCUUACAAGGAGAACUGCAGCCCUGCAUGUCAGGUGGUUUCCCAUGACCCACCUGCUGAGGCAAAUGGCAAGUUUAACGAUGCCCAAGUGGCCCCACUGCAGCAGUCAUUUCACUAUGUGCCUGAUGAUGAUCUACAAACUACUCAAAACCAUGCUCUCGUCCCACCUGUAACUGAUGAACCCACAAGCAGUGAGAAUAUCAGUCUUGUAGGUGGCAGUGAUGAUGACAUUGUCAAUGUAAGUUCUAAGAUGACAGAGCUACUUAUUGAGGAGGAUGAACGAGUGCUUCAGAACCUAACUAAUAUGGAUAUCUCUGCAUCCAUGAACGAAAAAUGCAAACCAGCCAGUCCACAAGAAGUAACUCCUAUAUCUUCUUUUACUCAAGAUCAUUCAUUAUCUUACAAGGAGAACUGCAGCCCUGCAUGUCAGGUGGUUUCCCAUGACCCACCUGCUGAGGCAAAUGGCAAGUUUAAUGAUGCCCAAGUGGCCCCACUGCAGCAGUCAUUUCACUAUGUGCCUGAUGAUGAUCUACAAACUACUCAAAACCAUGAUCAAAGUCAUGUAUCCUCUUCUUCUCAAGCUCACUUGUCUUUCCAGGUAAACUGCAGUUCUGAACUUCAAACAAUCUGCCAUGACCCUCCUGUCGAGGCAAAUGGCAUGCUUACUGAUAUCCAAGGGUUCCCAUUGCAGCAGUCAUCAGAGUAUGUGUCUAACCAUGUCAAGCAACAAGGCGAGACUGACAUGUCUCUCAAUGUUCCUACAAGUCCACAUGGAGAGGCAGGUGAAGUUGCUGAGCCAGGUGCCUCAGAAGCAUCUCAACUGCAGACCAGUAAAAUGUCAGAACUCAGUUUUGCACAGAAAUCUGGAAUGAGUGUAAUAAUGGUUGAUGAGGCUCUAUCUGGUUCUCCCCAGUGUGAUUUCAGACUUGUCUUAGAAGAUUCCGAGGAUCAGUUGCAAGAUAUCUCAGGAAUGGAAAUGUCAUUGAAGGAUACAGAGAACACAAGAUUUCCACUGAAUAGCCACUGUAGCUCUUUGGCUCACUCUUGGCUUCAGGAAUAUUCGGACAACAGAAGUCUCCAAGCCAGCAAAAGUAUAAUGGGAUCUAUGGUUAUUGGGGGCUCUGAUGAUGUGUUGAUGAACAACAGUGAGCUUUCUUUUCAGCAUAAAAAUAUGCCCGUUAAAAUAAUCGUUUCAGAUAGUGAAGAGGAUGACGAUUGUUUUAUAACUGAUUGGGAUGAUAGCAAUCACAGACAAGAAUCUCCCACAAACAAACUACCUGAUAUCAUGUCAACGCCAAAGUCUAAAUUGUCCACAACCAGCCUUUGUUUCUCUCCUAGGAUAAUAGUUAGUGGAAGAAGAUCAACCGCUUCACGAAAAUCCCUUGCUAGUAUCCUAUUGGAUCAGGUGGAGGACAUUGCAGAGACCAUUGAAUCCACCAGUUAUAUGUCUUGUGAAGAUUCUUUUAAGCUUUACCUUGAAGCAGAAAAAACUCUAGACAAUUGUGAUUAGGAGUUGGAGUGGCUGGAAAAGGAGCCGUCCAGUGAAAUGAUAGAGACUGAGAGCAAAGCUAGAGUUUUACUACAGCAGUUUCCAGAGUUUUUAUACGGUUACACUCACCCCUUUUAUGGUACCCUUUUAUUGAUUACUUCCAGAGCAGAUUUGCAUGCAAUCACAGCAGUGGAAAGAUGAACCUGCACCUUGAGGGAAAUUGCUUCUGACAUUGAUCUGUAACAUUUAAGGCCCAGCUUCUUUCACUUGGGGUGUGUGUGUGUAUGUCUCUCUUUUUUGUAAGAACUAGCUGUUAAGAUUUUAAAAUAAACCUGGUUUAACUUUGAAAGCC